UUUCUCUUGGAUGUACUUGCACUAGUAAGGAAACAUAACUCCGAAGAUGAAGUGGAAAACUUCAUUUCUUUCACUCCUUGUUUUGGGAGUAGCUCUCCUCACAUCACAAGUCCAAGCCAAUUGCAAGUCCCAAGAUGCCAAAUGGAUCAAAGGGAAGGAUCUCUUGAUCACCCAAGGGAGCAAAACUGAUCCAUCCAAGGUGACCGUGCUUUGGACCAAUAUGGUUGAAAACGAGAGGUGUGUGGACCAAUUCUAUAUUUGGUUCUGGAAGAAAGGGCUGGAGAGGGAAAAUGGCACCAAAGCCACUGUUUCAAGCAGCGUGUUUUCCAAAGAGGUAACCGUGGACCCAUGCGUCGAGUACAAUUUCCAAGUGGAGCUUCAAGAAAAUGAUUUGUUUGGAGCCGAUAUAGAGCAAUCCAAAGUAACUCUGUUCAAACCCUCGGCCGUGGCCAAGAUCUUGGAUACUGACAAGAAGAACUUUUACGUGGGAUUUGACUAUGAUCGAGUCAAAGGUGUCCACGACCUGAGCAAUGUUGCCAUUCGAUUCAAAAAGUCUAUUCUUCAAAACCCCAGCUGUGUAAAAUACAUUGAAAUCGUUGGAAAAGAAGUACCCAAGCAACCCCGCACCCUGUUACUCUCAGGCCGCACCAGGAUCCCACCCUUUUUGGAAGAAUUAGCACCCAACUACGGCAUUGAUGGCAAUUACCCCGCUCUGUCCCGCUCCUCAUUAAGCCGUAGCAGAGGUGGAAGUGGUAAGGUGCCCUACAAAAGCAGCAGCAGCAGCAGUAGCAGUCAAUCAGAUUAUCACAGUUCUCACCAUGGAAAACCUGGCUAUUCGUACAGUUACAGUAGCGCGGCCUCUGGCAAAAGAGAUUACCACAGCAGCAGCAGCACCUCAACUAGCACCAUUGGAGGUCAUGGAAGCUAUCGCGGCUCUAAAGAUGGGUUUGGCAGCACAUCGGGAUCAGGCUCUGGCAGUCAUAGUUCAAACCCACCAAGCGGGGGCUCCAGCGGCGGCUCCAGCGGCUACCCUGGAUACUCUUGGGGCUACAACCGACGAAAGCGUGGCCUUUUCAGCCGUAGCAAAGAUACAACAACCACUCCUCGCCCCAGCUACCGAGAAUCGUCGCCGAUCACAAACCCCACGGGUAAAGUUCUUCCGCCUUUCAACCAAGAAAUCAUUGAAGUCAAUGCCAAGAUCCAGCCUUGCAACUCGUACAAGUUCACUUUGAAAGUGUAUACACCUUCGGGAUCGAUCUUGGGAGAAAUCCAAGAUCUGGAGCUUCCCCAUCUGACUGAGAUGACUGAUUACAAACCGCCUAUGCUCUCUAAACUCUUCCGAGUGGAGCACAUUCGCAAUACUGGUCCCGUUAUCAAACUCCAACCCGGAUGGGGCGUUCCGGCAGCAUGUCUAGGAGAUUUCUUUGAGGCAGUUGAUGCUCACGUGGCUGAUCUCGAAUCAGACCUUCAAUACCAUGUGCAACAAGUGUCCAAUGCCAUUUCCAAUUCUGCUAGUCUACGAGACAACCUCCGUCUUCAAAAAGCAGCUCAACUGAGUCAAUUUGGAUGCAAGUGCAAUUCCACGUUGCUUGGGUUUAACACCACCGACUCUGGAGAUUUCAAGAAGAGUAAAGAUGUCUUUGGAGUCUACCGAUACGAAGGGAUGUUGGCUGGCAAACCUUACUACCGCCGUCUCCAUUCUGAUUUGGCACCCACUGCUGGUCGAUCAUCGCUAGGUUCCUCGCUGUCCCAAACAGCUACCACUCCAUCAACUGCUCCCAAGAAGUUAAAGGAGGAAACGGUCUACUUUAUGUAUUGGAACCCCAAAGAGAACAAUUGGGCCAUUGGAACGACCAUGGACGGCGAAGAUAUCCAAUUCAAAACGAAAAAGAAUUCUGUAGCUAAAUGUCCAGGCGAUCCCAAUGCCAUGAAAACUUGGGAGAGGUCAGGAACAUUCACUUGGCAUGACGAGCCACUCGUUAAGGCAUCUUGCGGAUUAAGAAUUUGAUUAACUCCUAACUAUAAUCUCAAGAAUGUAUGUAUUAUGAACUUCAAUAAACCUUUUCAAAUCCAA